AUGGAGGAAAACACCACUAGAAAACCUUAUAAGUUCAUUAAAUGUUGGUUCUUGAAUGAUUCUUGUAAGGAACUCAUAAGUGCUAACUGGAAUAUGCAAGAUAGAGGUUCACAUGCUUUUAGACUUACUAGGUCUCUAAUCAAUGUCAAGGAUAUUCUUAGGAACUGGAAUUUAAACACUUCUGGUAACAUCCAAACUCAGUUGAAGCUGGUUCAACAUGAAUUAGCUUUAGUGAAUACCAAUAAUGCUGACAGGAAUUUUCCUAGUAAAAUAGAAUUUGGAUCUAAAAUUAAAUAUUGGUAUGAUGUGCAAAAGGAAUUCUAUAUUCAAAGGGCAGAGGAGAAUAUUCUCUCAUAUGAUGAUAGAAACACUAGAGAUAGCAUUGCUAGUGAACUUAAGAGACACUUUUCCAAUAUAUGUCGUUCUAGAACCCCUCCUAGUCCUGUCAAGUUACUUGUCAAUAUCGAGUCUUGUAUUUCUGAUGAAGAUAAUGACGUCCUUCUUAGUACCCCAUCUGCGGAUGAUAUUAGAAAAAUUGUCUUCCAAAUGCAACCUUGGACGUCUCCAGGGCCGGAUGGUUACCAACCUGGUUUUUACCAGGAAAUGUGGGAUGUUGUAGGCGAAGACACAGUCAAGGUAGUGCAGGCUUUCUUUCAUUCGAAGCAUCUCUUUAAACAAAUGAAUCAUAGUAUUAUUUCCUUAAUCCCUAAAUCUAGUUGCCCCAAGCAUGCAUCUGAUUUUAGAUCUAUAAGCCUAAGUAAUGUGUCUUAUAAAAUUAUUAGUAUACUAUUGGCUAGUAGGAUUAAGAAGGUAAUGGAUAAGUUCAUAAGCCCUUAUCAAGCUGCAUUUCUAUCUUCUAGGCAGAUAACUGACAAUAUAGUGAUUGCACAUGAAUUAGUUUCUAGUAUAAGGAAUGUAAAACUAAAAAGAAAGGCCUUAUGGCUAUCAAGCUAG